UCCACCACCCCAGUUUCCUGUACUGGAUUACUGUUGCCUGAUCUCAUUCCUGUUGCUCCGUGUGAACAUGUGUUCUCUGGGUUUUGCCAGGUCUCUGGGUUUCGCGCUCAUACCGCUCGCGACCUGCUGCAUCGUGGCAAAUGUCCUGCUCUUUAUCCCUGAUGGACAGGUGACCUAUGUUCAGAAAAAGCAUUUGACUACAUAUGUCUGGUACUUCAUGGGAAUUGGAGGAGGUGGUGUGGCUAUACUGAUUCCGGCCGCCGUGUUUCUGGGAAUGGGGAAAUGUGCUAAUGCCUGUGGAACGGAGAGUUGUGCGAUGUGUGGUUCAGUGAUAGCUGCUUUGGUGGGAAUCGCCGGCUCUGGAUACUGCUUCCUGAUCUCUGUGGUGGCACUCUUAAAGGGGCCGUAUUGCUUUACCAAGUUGGGAUGGAUGUCUCCUUUCGAGAACGACAAGGCACAGUAUUUAUUCGCUCGUGAGCGGUGGUCUGACUGCAUUCAGCCAGAACACAUUGUAGAGUGGAACGUGACCCUGCUGUCCAUACUGCUGGGUCUGAGCACACUCGAGUUUAUCAUCUGUUUCCUGCAGCUCAUCAGUGGUUUGGUGAAUGCAGUGUGCAGGCCGUGCUGCUACAAACAAGAGUACAGCCUGAACGCUUGAGGAUCAACCGCCGCCUGAACAGCCAUCAGAAAAAAGUCUGCUCUCCCGAAUUAUAGGGCCAUCUGAGGUGGAGCAGACUUCCCUAAAUAGUGCACAGAUCUGUGGGUCACACUACAUGACACAUUGACACUUUGGAUAUAAGAGUUUUUUAAUAAAUAAAUGUAAAUGUGAACACUAAAAAGUGAUUAAACUUAUUUUUGCUGGCUGAAUUUAUUGGGACAUUUUCACAUAUCUGCAGCCGAAUUUGUAUUAGCAGUUUUCUGUAUAGAAAAAUAUACUGAAAUGCAAUAUUGAAAUAUAAAUGUAUUUUUGUAUGACUUUUGUUUGUUUUGUAUAAGAAGUUUUGUAAAUGAUUUUUUAAUUAUUUAUAGAAAUACACUCGAUCAAUGUUGUUUUGAAUACCUAUAAAAGUUGCAAUAUGCUUUAAAUAUUGCCUUUGAUUAAUAAAUACAGGUAUGUCUUGUUUUAGACAACAAUUUCUUAAACCUAUUUUGAUUAAUUCAUGUUUUGGUAUUUCAACAUAUGCAGAGGUACCAGGGAAUGGCAAAUCCAUCUCAAUCAUUGGGAAAUGUUUCCUAAAGCUUUAUUAUCCCAUUACAGCAUUAAUCUCUUCACAUAAGGCUGUAUCACUCCAUAGCACUUGCCAAAAGCCUCUUGACUGAUAUUUCGACUUUAAAAACAUGCACAUUUUUAUGAGAAAGUUAGGCCAAAAAAUACUGUGUAAAAGUAUAUAAAUGCAUUCACUUCUAGCUGUUGCAUGCUGUCAGUUACCACAGAAGACCAUUUAAACUUUUACCUCAAAGAAGUGUGUACAGAAGUGUGUUAGGCAACUAUUGUGAACUUAGCCCAUGGACUUCCAUUGUGAAUGCAUAAUCAUGUUUAAGUAUUUUCUGUGUUUUAACCCUUUAAGCUCGGAUUGGCCUGCCGAUAAAAAAUGAUUAUCAAAAUAUGAAUAACUACAGUCUUGACAAACACUAAAUAGGUAUCAUUUUAAAGCUUAGAAGCUGUGCUUUACAAUGCAUGUAAGCAUUAUAAUCAAAACUGAUUCCCAUUAAAAUGAUCCCACACACAACAUCCUCAGAUGGUAUAGAUCAUUAGAUAAUCCACACAUAAUGUGCUAUCUGGCUAAAAACAUGUUAGCUUUCCUGGAUCAGAUUACUUCAUCAGAAAUUAUGUAGUACAUUGUCCAGUGACAUGGAACGCAAAACCAAUCCUAUUAGGAUUCAGAUCACUGCAACCAGAGGUGAAAGUCAUCCAAAUAUGGGCAGAAAGGAUCGUUCAAUGUAAUUACAUAUGGCCACCAGGAGAUGGCGCCAAGAACAUGACACAGAUUCAAUGAUGACUCAAAUGACAGAAUGGAAUUGAAUGAGAUCUUGUUACUCAUGUCUGCAUGCUUUGGAGAGAGAGCAUACCUUUAGUCAUUGUUGUAUUUGCAUGUGUAAUUAGUUCUUAUGUACAAUUAUUAUGCUUUAUUUGUUUAGAGAGGCUUUUGGACACUUAAAGACAUUUUUUGACACUAGGAUAAAUAAUU